CAAAGUCGAAACUUCGCGAAUACAGUUUCUUGAUUCAUUUUCCCUUUUUUAUUUUAUUAAAAUUUCGAAAAGUUGCUAUUGAAAGCAAGCACAUUUUUGCUUCAUAUAAAGAUUUCAAUUGAUUCCAAUUGGAAAAGCAUCGAGUUGAAACGAUGAGAGAAUACAGUUACUGACACACAAAUAUUAAGAUUUUGUACUGAAAUGGACAAACAACACACACAAUAUUUAUUUUCUAUUAUAUUAAUUUUAUUAGCAUUGGUAACACGCAUCCACGGGCUGACGCGACCAAUAAAAAUAGGAGCAAUCUUUCACAAAGGCGAUGAAGAUCUUAACUCUACAUUUAAUAAAGCAAUCUUUGAUACAAAAUACGAUAAUCUUGCACCCGCAUUCGAGCUUAUCCCUGUCAUUAAGUACAUCGAUGUUAAUACUGAUAGUUUUAAGACUGCUAUAGCUGCUUGCGAACUUCUUGAGGAAGGCGUGGCAGCCAUUUUUGGACCUGUAAGUAGGCAUACUCGUGGUAUAGUUACGAGUAUUGCUGCUCGAUUUGAUAUACCGCACAUUGAAUAUGUCUGGCGGAAAGACGAAGGAUUAACAGAGGAAAACGAAAGAAAGAAGAUCUUAUCACCAAUGACCAUAAAUGUAUUCCCUGCCAGUGAGCAAGUCAGCCAGGCUAUCGCUGAUGUCAUCGCAUCAAUGAAAUGGCGAAAUUUCGCAGCAAUUUACGAAACUGACGAGGGACUGUCGCGCCUUCAGAAGACUUUAACACUAAAAGGAGAUAAAGAUAAUCCGAUUAUGCACACGGUACGACAGUUAAACGAAGGGCCGGAUUAUCGCAUGAUGCUUAAAGAGAUACGCUCUCUAUCAGUGUGUAAUAUAAUUAUUGAUGUCAACCCGAAAAAAAUCAUGGAAGUGCUCCAUCAAGCAAAAGAAGUCAGAUUAUUAGCAGAUUAUUGCAAUUUUGUUAUCACAUACCUAGAUUCAUCCAUAUUAUCUAUUCUCGAAGUGCGAAAUGGUACCGUCAAUAUCACUGGACUGAGCAUGAGAGAAAAUGAUGCCAUAGAAGGAAUUGAUUGGCUAGAUUCAGCGAUCCUCUAUGACGCAGUAUUUUUGUUUCAUAAAGCAUUAGAGACUCUAAAUGCGAGAAAUAUUGAUAACGAAGAAUAUAUGUCCAUUGAUCCUGUACCACUUUUUUGUACUAAUAGUACUAGAAAAUAUCAAGUAGGACCUAAUAUUACAAGUGUUAUGCGAGAGUUGUCGAAAAUGGGAAAGAUUACGGGCGUUAUGAACAUUGACGAAUACGGUCGUCGACAAGAUUUUAAUGUAAAAAUUUUAAAUUUUCGACCAUCAGGUAUAGUACAAACGGGUUUUUGGGAACCGUCAACUCGUAUAAAUAUCAUACGGACUCAAAAGGAGCAAGAGAGCUACUUAUACAAGUCCAUGGAAGAAAAGAUAUUCACGAUUAGUUUAAAAGUAAGUCCUCCGUACAUUAUGGAAGUAACAGAUGGUUCAACACGCGGAGAAUUAAUCGAUCAAAAACGCUACGAAGGUUAUUGUAUCGAUCUGAUUCAUUAUAUCGCAGAUUUUCUACGUUUUAAAGGCGUAAUAUUUGAACUCGUACCUGAUAAACAACACGGCAAAUAUGAUCCAGUAACAAAGACCUGGAAUGGACUAAUUAGACGUAUUUUAGAUCGUGAAGCCGAUCUUGCAAUAUGUGAUUUAACCAUAACAUACGAACGCAAAUCCGCUGUAGAUUUUAGUUUGCCGUUCAUGAACCUCGGUAUAAGCAUUGUAUUUAACAAGCCGGAAGAGAAAAUACCAGACUUCUUUUCCUUCUUACUCCCUUUAAGUACGGAAGUUUGGUUCUAUAUGGCUACUGCGUAUCUCGUCGUAUCGAUAAUGUUAUUUUUUCAGGCAAGAAUGGCACCUGAUGAAUGGGACAAUCCGCAUCCUUGCAAUGCCGAUCCUGAAGAACUUGAGAACAAUUUCAAUUUUAAAAAUUCGUUUUGGCUCACUAUUGGUUCUCUUAUGCAACAAGGGUCGGAUAUUUUACCUAAAGCGCCGUCUCUACGUAUGCUUGCAAGUAUGUGGUGGUUCUUUACAUUAAUUAUGAUCAGCUCAUAUACAGCGAAUCUAGCUGCCUAUCUCACAGUGGACAAAAUGGACGCGCCUAUUAAAGGUGUUGAAGAUUUAGCUAAGCAAACAAAAAUCAAAUACGGUGCUUUAGAGGGUGGGUCGACAUCAACAUUUUUUAAGGAUUCAAACUAUUCAACGUACAAACGAAUGUGGGCUACAAUGGUAGACUCCAGGCCAGGCGUAUUCACAUCAAGUAAUGACGAAGGUGUCGACCGAGUUAUCAAGGGCAAACGACAGUAUGCCUUCCUUAUGGAAUCGACUACUAUCGAGUACAAAAUGGAACGCAAUUGUGAUAUUAUUAAAAUAGGCGGUCUGAUCGAUAAUAAGGGCUAUGGCAUAGCUAUGCCGCGCAAUUCUCCAUAUAGAACACCGAUUGAUCGUGCAAUCCUGAAACUGGCAGAGAAAGGCGAAUUGCAAGAAUUGAAAAAAAAAUGGUGGCAAAAAAUUGGAGGAGGUUUGUGCAUAAAGGAUGAAACGGAAAAAAGUGCAAGCACAAGCGAAUUAGGAUUGGCAAGCGUCGGUGGUGCAUUCUUCGUUUUGAUGUGUGGUUGCGGCGCUUCAUUCUUUAUCGCAAUUUGCGAAUUUCUGUGGAAUAUACGUAAAGUCGCUGUGACUGAAAGGAUCACACCGUGGGAAGCACUAAUUGCCGAGUUGAAAUUUGCCGUAAACAUCUUUGAAGUAACAAAACCCGUUAAAAUUUCCAAGAGUAACAACAGCAGCGCAAGCUCCAUGGGUGGACUUGGCAGAGCUGCAUCCACGGCUCGAUCUAUUGUUGGUUCUUUCUUACGUCUUGAUAUGGUCGAUAAAUUCGAUAAAGACCUCAACACAAACAAUCGUAGUAAUGAUCGUAAAAUUAAUUGA